AGAUACAUUGGGUUUUGACGCGCAGUCAUAUUUGGUUCUGACCUUUCUGCCCUUUUGUUUCUCACGAAUCCGAAAACUAAAGGCAAGCAAAGAUUAAAUCUUUGAUCAUCUUCAACUAAAGAAUCAAGAUCACGUUGUUGUUAAGCAAGCAAGAAGAAAAUUUUAAAGAAAAAACAAGGAAAUGGAGAAAGUGAUGAACAUCAUAAAGCCAAAACCAAAUCCACAGCAGCAACUAAGAGAUUGGCAACGUAGGCUCCGUCAAGAGUGUCGCAAUAUAGAACGCCAAAUCAGAGAUAUACAGAGAGAAGAGAAAAGUGUACAAAAAGCAAUUAGAGAUGCUGCUAAAAGGAAUGACAUGGGUUCUGCUAAGGCACUUGCUAAGGAAAUUGUAAGAUCUAGGAGGACAGUAAACCGCCUUUAUGAAAAUAAGGCACAAAUGAAUUCAAUAUCAAUGCACCUUGGUGAAAGUGUAGCGAUUGCCCGUACAGUGGGCCAUUUAUCCAAGAGUGCUGAAGUCAUGAAGCUUGUGAAUAAUCUCAUGAAGGCUCCAGAAGUGGCUGCUACGAUGCAAGAGUUCAGCAAAGAAAUGACCAAGGCAGGGGUGAUCGAGGAAUUUGUGAAUGAUGCUGUUGACAAUGCACUGGACUCAGAAGAUAUUGAAGAGGAAAUUGAGGAAGAAGUUGACAAGGUCUUGACCGCUAUAGCUGGUGAGACUGCUGCACAGCUACCAGAAGCAGUCAGGAAGGAGAGAGUGAAGCAGUCAGCUGGAACAGCAAGAAGAGCUGAGGAGGAAGAAGCCAUUGCCGAGGGGGCAGAUGAUGAGGAAGAACUUGAAGAAUUAAGGGCUCGGCUUGCCAAAGUUAGGUCAUAAAUUGAGCUUUAGUCCAUUUUCUUGGCAGAUUAACUCGCAUGUAACCAUUGAUCACAAUGCAAUUGCUGCUGAGUGAUUAACAUUGACGGUGAGACAAAAGAAAUGAGUGUAUUAUAUUGAAAGCAGCUAUAUCCUAUAUUCUGAAGUUAUUUAGCUGCUAUUUGUAUCAUACCUAACUUCCAGUUGCAGGCAUUGUGGCUAGUGCCAGUUGUAUUCCUUAUUUGUAUAAAAAAAGAAGAAGGAAAAAGAAUACCCUGUUGUCGCAA